AUGACCAAAACUAAAAUAACCAAUUCUAUUUUAAAUAAUAAUAAUAAAAAGAGGAUGGGCGGCAAAAACACAGACAGGUAUAUUCCUUAUAUUGCAUCCCAUAAGGCUUAUAAAAACACAACCACGACUAUAAAUCUCCAGUUCAAUGAUACGAAAGAUUCACCAAGUAACUCUGACUCGUCAUCUCCAAUAAGAUUAUCCUCCCCAGAAUUUUUCCAUGAUUUAAGAAAUACAGGCCACUACCAAGCUAUUGACGCAAGCUUGUCUCCUAAUACUACUCACCCUGUUGGGAUUGAUGUUACAGAUGAUAAUGGUUCUACAUCUGCAAAUAAUAAUAAGAAAUUGAAAUUAGACCAACAACAUAAAAAUGUGAUUGCUGAAUCUUUGGGGUUUCUGAAUUUUAAACGUGUAUACACAUUUACAGAUAACAAAGAUAAGAUAAUCCAAGACUCACAAAGCAAUGAUCAUUUUAAUUCUGGAGAGUCGAUGACACACAUGAGUCCAAUGUCAUUAUUUGGAAAAUCUGAUCCACAUUUUGAGAGAUCAUCGACACCAAUGAAGACCAAUCGUCCAGCAACGAGAAUUAAAUCUCAUGUACCAUAUAGGGUAUUAGAUGCUCCAAAUUUAAGAAAUGAUUUUUAUUCAAAUCUAAUAUGUUGGUCAAAAAUAACAAAUAACGUAAUUGUUGGAUUAGGAUCUAACGUCUAUAUUUGGUCAGACGUUCAAGGUGCAGUUCAGGUAAUGGAACAUGACUAUUUAGGAAAACAUAAUGAUUAUGUUACGUGUGUGUCAUUUUGUCCAUUCAAUUCGUUUUUUCUGGUUGGCUCUAAACAAGGAAGAUUAAUUUUGUUUAAUCAAGAUGACUUUGUGGGUCAAUUCAAUAAUAAAACAUUGAAAGGUGAGCCUUUAGUUGAAUAUAAAACUUCAACUUAUAGGGGAAUUGGUUGCAUUGAGUGGUUCCAAAGUCUCGACGAUGAGUACAAAUUUAUAAUCGGGGAAGAGUCAGGGGAGAUUACGUUUUUUAAAAUAAAAAUAAAAUCAAACGUUGAUAAAAAGAUGUCUGAUUAUGACAAUAAUCAACCAACUCAACUGAAUGAUAAUUUAGAUUACAGUUUAAAUACAACGAAAUUACACGAUCUCAAUGAACUAUCUGAGGAGGAAAGUUCAAAUAACGGUAAACGACUAUUGUACAAAAUAAAUUUAAUUCAUAAGUUUAGAGCUCAAACGCAACAAAUAUGUGGUAUUUCAUUAAAUGAGAAAUGUAACUUAAUAGCAGUUGGGGGCAAUGAUAACUCCUGCUCUGUCUGGGAUAUCAAAGAUAAGAAAAAUCCUACUCUGUUGCAGACAUUGAAACAUAAUGCUGCGGUCAAGGCAAUUGCAUUUUGUCCUUGGUCUAGGUCACUUUUAGCAACAGGAGGAGGUAGUAAAGAUAGGACGAUCAAGUUUUGGCAUGCACAAUCCGGUACUUUAGUAAAGAAGAUAAAGACAAAAGGUCAAAUAACGUCCUUGAUAUGGUCGGCAAGAUAUAAACAAGUUGUUGCUACUUUUGGAUUUGGUGACGUCGAGAAUCCAGUCUUGUUAAUGCUAUUCUCUUACCCCAAACUGAACCCAAUCUUACAAGUCAAAACGCCAACACCAAUAAGGGUUUUAAGUGCAGUUGCGUCACCAGAUAUAACUUCAAUAUGUAUUGCUGCAAAUGAUGAAACUAUUAGAUUUUACAAAUUAUGGGAUGACUACGAAUCUGAAAUUAAAGAAGUGCAAGAAAAAGGUGUAUACGGUUCCAAUCUAAUCGAAUAUAUAGAGGGUAUUGAUUCAAGUAACUGUACCUCCACAAUAAGAUAG